AUGCCAGUUCGGAAAUGCCGGUUACAGACCAUUGAACAAGGAAGCAAAACUCUAAUCUGCAUCUUAGUUACAAAACCUGGACACAGAUCUUCUCCCGAACGAGUCUUCCUGGGGAUUCAUUGCCUCCAAUCAUUCGUCGGUCAAAUAAAAGCAAAUGUUACAAAGUGGCCCCGCGAAUUCCGCAACAGAACUCCGUUUUUCAAUCGACGCAAAGCGAAAUUCUACGAACAACACAUACUACUCGCGUGCCUCCCGAUCAGUAGUAUCACCCUUACACCAUCUUCAUCUGUCUCCCCCAUCAAAUUGUGCUGCUUAGCCAAGUACCGAGCAGUCGCCAUGCUCUCAGUCAUCAUCGUCUUCUUUCCGCAAGGUGUUGUCACUUCCAGAAUGGGUAGUUUUCCUCCAGGAAUAGUGGAUUUCUUAGAUGGCCAGUCGGAAACUUCAAUCCGACAGUCUUCGAACGGCGUGCCGGAGACAAUGAGAAUCAUACGAAUGGGCUCCGCUCGUCCUCGCAAAUUGAACUCCGCUCUGCAUUUGCCCGGACAUCAAGUCCUUGAUUGGACCGGUAUGGAGUGA